UUUCUCAUUGUCGGUUGAGAUUUCGGGGAACAUUCACUUGGGUUUUUGUCGAAAGAAAGGAAAAAAAGAGGGAGCGAUGUUUCUAGUGGAUUGGUUCUAUGGAGCUCUGGCAUCUCUGGGUCUGUGGCAGAAGGAAGCCAAGAUCUUGUUCUUGGGACUGGAUAAUUCAGGGAAGACCACUCUCCUUCGCAUGUUGAAGGACGAGAGAUUGGUUCAGCACCCACCCACCCAGUUCCCGACUUCAGAGGAACUGAGUAUAGGGAAGAUAAAGUUCAAAGCUUUCGACUUGGGUGGUCACCAGAUCGCUCGUAGGGUCUGGCGGGACUACUACACUAAGGUCGAUGCGGUAGUGUACCUAGUUGACGCUUACGACAAGGAUAGAUUUGCCGAGUCAAAGAAGGAGCUGGAUGCGCUCCUCAUGGACGAGAUGCUGGCGAAUGUCCCGUUCCUCGUCUUGGGAAACAAGAUCGACCUACCCUUCGCCGCGUCAGAGGACGAACUGCGGUACUACUUGGGCCUCACCAACUUCACCACCGGGAAGGGCAAUGUCAACCUCGCCGACACCAACGUCUGCCCUCUCGAGGUCUUCAUGUGCAGCAUUGUGCGCAAGAUGGGCUACGGCGAGGGCUUCAGAUGGCUCUCUCAGUACAUCAAAUGAGUAUCUCUCUUCCUGGGGUGUGUAUUUCGAUGUAAGAAGCUGAAACUGGCGUGUAUAGAUACAUAUAUAUUACAUUUCAUUUAGCUUUUGAUA